AUGCAAGUGACGUUGGUUCGUUUGGUUUUGGCUAUCUUGGCCUGUGUAUCCGCUGCCAUGGCUCUUUCGCAUGCUGAUGCAAAGAUUACACACAAGGUGUUCUUUGACGUGGAGCAUGGCGACAAAUCGGUGGGUCGUAUUGUCAUUGGCUUGUACGGUGAGACGGUGCCGAAGACUGUCGAGAACUUUAUCGGUCUUGUCGAGCGUGAACAAGGUCGCGGGUACAAGGGCAGCAUAUUUCACCGUGUGAUCAAGGACUUUAUGAUUCAAGGCGGCGACUACACUCGUGGCGAUGGCCGCGGUGGCAUGUCGAUCUGGGGCAAGAGCUUCCCAGACGAGAACUUUGAACUGAAGCACGAGGGUCCAGGUGUGCUCUCGAUGGCUAACGCUGGCUCUGACACAAAUGGAUCUCAGUUCUUCAUCACGACUGUACAGACACCGUGGCUCGACGGCCGUCACGUCGUGUUUGGUCGUGUGAUUGACGGUAUGGACGCCGUCAAGUACGUCGAGAGCGUCCGCACGGGCCCUAUGGACAGGCCGAUCGACGAGGUACGCAUCUUUGAUGCCGGCAUCCUGCCGCAAGACGAGAGUCACGACGAGCUCUGA